AUAGCUUUCUUUCUUUCAUCCUUCUUACCCACCUAAGACAACCCCAUUUCUCACCAAAAAAAAAGUUAAACUUAAAAUGUGUAUACCAACAAAAACCCCUCUUUCACAACAAAUCACAAUCUUCUCUCUCUCUCUAGAAUCCCCUCUCUCUCUAGAUUUCCUUCAUCAUUAGCCUAAUUGAUCACUCUUAAAAUAAAAUUCAUCCUACAAACUUGAAACUCCUUUCCCUUUACUUAACCUAUGAUGGAUCUGCUAUUCACACCCUUAACAACUUCCAUUUCCUCAUAACACAAAGAUCCUUUCACCUCAUAUUCCGAUCAAACGCGCUUUUCUGUUCCAAGCGUUUUUUUUAACUUAAAUUCUACAACUCCAACACAAUUGAGAGAGAGAGAGAGAGAGAGAGAGAGAGAGAACUAAAAAGAAAUGAAAAUCCCUUGUUGUUCGGUGUGCCAAACGCGGUACAACGAAGAAGAACGAGUUCCUCUUCUUCUUCAAUGUGGCCAUGGUUUCUGCAGAGAGUGUCUUUCUAGAAUGUUCUCAGCUUCAUCAGACGCUACUCUCACCUGUCCACGGUGUCGUCAUGUAUCAACCGUCGGUAAUUCUGUUUUAGCUUUACGGAAGAACUAUGCGGUGCUUUCGUUAAUCCAUUCCGCCGUGGAAGCUUCUGCUGCCGCUUCCGGUGGCGGCAACCGAGGUUCGAAUUUUGAAUGUGAUUUAACUGACGAUGAUGAAGACGGUGAUGGUGAAGAUGACGACGAGAAUGAUGAGGAGAAACGGCGGCGGAACAGUCGUGGCUCGCAGACUUCGAGUUCUGGUGGUUGUGCUCCGGUGAUUGAGGUCGGUGUGCAUCAGGAUUUGAAAUUAGUGAAGCGGAUUGCGGAAGGAAGGAGAGCUGGUGUUGAUAUGUGGACGGCGGUGAUCGGAGGUGGACGGUGUCGGCAUCAUGUGGCGGUGAAGAAAGCGGUUAUAACUGAGGGAAUGGAUUUGGAUUGGAUGUUAGUGAAAUUGGAGGAUUUGCGUAGGGCUUCGAUGUGGUGUAGAAAUGUUUGUACUUUUCAUGGUGCGAUGAAGGUUGAUGAAAGUUUGUGUCUUGUGAUGGAUAAAUGUUAUGGAUCGGUUCGCUCCGAGAUGCAGCGGAAUGAAGGAAGACUCACAUUGGAGCAAGUUUUAAGAUAUGGAGCAGACAUUGCACGAGGGGUUGUUGAGCUUCAUGCUGCAGGCGUUAUUUGCAUGAAUUUAAAGCCUUCCAAUCUACUUCUUGAUACAAAUGGUCAUGCUGUGGUUUCUGAUUAUGGACUUGCUACAAUUCUGAAGAAGCCUUCCUGUUGGAAGGCUCGACCUGAGUGUGACUCCACAAAGAUCCAUUCCUGUAUGGAAUGUAUAAUGCUUAGCCCACAUUAUACAGCACCAGAGGCUUGGGAACCUGUGAAGAAGUCAUUAAAUUUGUUCUGGGAUGAUGGAAUAGGUAUAUCUCCCGAAUCAGAUGCCUGGAGUUUUGGUUGUACAUUGGUGGAGAUGUGCACGGGUGCAAUUCCUUGGGCUGGUUUAAGUGCAGAGGAAAUCUAUCGAGCAGUUGUCAAGGCAAAGAAGCAGCCUCCACAAUAUGCUAGUGUGGUUGGUGGAGGAAUUCCAAGGGAACUGUGGAAGAUGAUUGGAGAGUGCUUACAAUUCAAACCAUCUAAAAGACCUACCUUCAAUGCAAUGCUGGCAAUAUUUCUCCGUCAUUUGCAAGAAAUACCACGCAGCCCUCCUGCAAGCCCGGAUAAUGACCUUGUUAAGGGGUCUGUAUCAAAUGUGACAGAGGCUUCCCCAGUACCUGAAUUAGAAGUCCAUCAGGACCCAAAUCAUCUUCAUCGACUUGUGUCUGAAGGGGAUGUCACUGGUGUUAGAGACUUUCUGGCAAAGGCUGCAACAGAAAAUGAAAGCAACUACAUGUCUUCUCUGUUGGAAGCUCAAAAUGCUGAUGGACAAACGGCUCUCCACUUGGCUUGUAGACGUGGCAGUGCAGAACUUGUUGAGACAAUUCUGGAGUAUGAAGAGGCUAAUGUUGAUGUCUUGGACAAAGAUGGGGAUCCUCCUCUUGUUUUUGCCUUAGCAGCUGGGUCCCAUGAAUGUGUGCGUAGCCUUAUCAAAAGAAAUGCUAGUGUGAAGUCACGAUUGAGAGAUGGGUUUGGCCCAUCAGUAGCUCAUGUUUGUGCAUAUCAUGGUCAGCCAGAUUGUAUGCGAGAGUUGCUUUUAGCUGGAGCUGAUCCCAAUGCAGUGGAUGAUGAAGGUGAAUCAGUACUGCAUAGGGCAAUUGCCAAGAAGUUCACAGACUGUGCUCUUGUGAUAGUGGAAAAUGGAGGCUGUAGAUCGAUGACCAUCUUGAAUUCAAAAAAUCUGACACCACUGCACUUGUGUGUAGCGACGUGGAAUGUUUCUGUUGUGAAGAGAUGGGUGGAAGUUGCAACUUCUGAUGAGAUUGCUGAAGCGAUUGACAUACCAAGCCAUAUCGGCACUGCCUUGUGCAUGGCAGCUGCUUCUAAGAAAGACCAUGAAAGUGAGGGGAGAGACUUGGUGCGGAUAUUGCUUACAGCAGGAGCUGAUCCAUCUGCUCAGGAUUCACAGAACGGGAGGACAGCUUUGCAUACCGCUGCUAUGACAAAUGAUGUGGAAUUGGUUCAGGUUAUUCUUGCUGCUGGUGUUGAUGUUAACACUCGCAAUGUGCACAAUAGUAUACCUCUUCACUUGGCCUUAGCUAGGGGUGCAAAGGCAUGUGUUGGACUGCUUCUAGAUGCUGGAGCGGAUUAUAAUUUGCAGGAUGAUGAUGGUGAUAAUGCUUUCCAUAUAGCAGCAGAAACAGCAAAAAUGAUACGCGAAAAUCUGGACUGGCUUAUUGUUAUGCUAAAGAAUCCCGAUGCUGAUAUUGAAGUCAGAAACCACAGUGGCAAGACACUACGGGACAUCUUAGAGGCUCUACCCCGAGAAUGGAUAUCCGAAGAUUUGAUGGAGGCACUCUCAAAUAGAGGCGUUCAUUUAUCUCCUACAAUAUUUGAAGUGGGAGAUUGGGUGAAGUUUAAAAGAACUGUCACAACUCCAACACAUGGGUGGCAAGGUGCUAGACCAAAGAGUGUUGGCUUUGUGCAAAGUAUUCCAGACAGGGAUAAUCUAAUCGUUUCAUUUUGUUCGGGAGAGGUUCAUGUUCUGCCAAAUGAAGUUGUAAAAGUUGUUCCAUUGGACAGGGGGCAACAUGUACAACUGAAAGGAGAUGUAAAAGAGCCUAGGUUUGGUUGGCGUGGGCAGUCACGUGACAGCAUUGGGACAGUAUUAUGUGUUGACGAUGAUGGAAUUCUCCGUGUUGGGUUUCCUGGUGCAUCCAGAGGAUGGAAAGCUGACCCAGCAGAGAUGGAACGUGUUGAGGAAUUCAAGGUUGGAGAUUGGGUUCGUAUUCGUCCAACUCUUACAUCUGCAAAACAUGGGUUAGGAGCUGUGACACCAGGAAGCAUUGGCAUUGUAUAUUGUAUCCGACCUGACAGUAGUCUGUUAAUUGAACUGAGCUAUCUUCCAAAUCCUUGGCAUUGUGAACCAGAGGAGGUUGAGCAUGUUCCUCCUUUUAGGGUAAGAUAUAGAUUAUUUUAUUCUCUGACUUACUAUUUAUGCCCUGUUUUUGUUACAAAACUUGUAUUUGUCUUACAGAUUGGGGAUAAGGUAUGUGUGAAGCGAUCUGUCGCAGAACCUAGAUAUGCUUGGGGUGGUGAGACACAUCAUAGUGUUGGAAGAAUAAGUGAGAUUGAGAACGAUGGUCUCUUAGUAAUAGAAAUACCAAAUCGACCCAUACCAUGGCAAGCUGAUCCAUCUGAUAUGGAGAAGGUGGAAGAUUUUAAGGUUGGAGAUUGGGUCAGAGUGAAAGCUUCAGUAUCUUCUCCAAAAUAUGGAUGGGAGGAUAUUACAAGGAACAGUAUUGGGGUAAUUCAUAGUUUGGAGGAGGAUGGUGAUGUGGGUGUUGCCUUUUGCUUCAGAAGCAAGCCUUUUUCUUGCUCAGUCACUGAUGUGGAGAAAGUUCCUCCUUUUGAGGUGGGACAAGAAAUUCAUGUGAUGCAAUCUGUUAGUCAGCCACGGCUUGGGUGGUCAAAUGAAUCACCAGCUACUGUUGGAAAAAUAGUGAGAAUUGACAUGGAUGGUGCCCUCAAUGCAAAGGUCACCGGUAGGCAGAGCUUGUGGAAAGUGUCUCCUGGAGAUGCUGAACGACUUCCAGGGUUUGAGGUUGGGGAUUGGGUACGCUCUAAACCAAGCCUGGGAAAUAGACCUAGUUAUGACUGGAAUAGUGUUGGCAGAGAGAGUUUAGCUGUUGUGCAUAGUGUACAGGAUUCUGGUUAUUUGGAGUUGGCUUGCUGUUUCCGUAAAGGGAAGUGGAUCACUCAUUAUACGGAUGUUGAAAAGGUUCCUAGCUUGAAAGUUGGGCAGUAUGUUAGUUUCCGAGUUGGUUUGGUUGAACCCAGGUGGGGUUGGAGAGGAGCUCAGCCUGAAUCUCAAGGUAUUAUAACAAGUAUUCAUGCGGAUGGAGAAGUCAGGGUUGCAUUCUUUGGUUUGCCAGGACUGUGGAAAGGCGAUCCUUCGGACCUGCAGGCAGAACAAAUCUUUGAAGUGGGAGAGUGGGUGAGAUUGAAAGAAAAUGCAAAUAAUUGGAAAUCAAUUGGGCCAGGUAGUGUUGGCGUCGUUCAAGGAAUAGGGUAUGAAGGAGAUGAAACUGACAGAAGUACUUACGUAGGCUUUUGUGGGGAGCAAGAGAAAUGGGUAGGACCAAGUUCCCAUCUUGAAAGAGUUGACAAACUCUUUGCAGGGCAGAAAGUUAGAGUUAAACAAUAUGUAAAGCAACCUAGAUUUGGGUGGUCGGGGCACACCCAUGCUAGUAUUGGUACUAUACAAGCAAUUGAUGCUGAUGGGAAGCUUCGAAUAUACACUCCAGCAGGUUCAAAAACAUGGAUGCUGGACCCAUCAGAAGUGGACGUCGUGGAAGAGAAGGAGCUUUGUAUUGGAGACUGGGUGAGGGUUAGAGCAUCAGUUUCAACUCCAACCCACCAUUGGGGGGAAGUGAUUCAUUCAAGCGUGGGGGUGGUGCAUCGGAUGGAAGAUGAUAAUUUAUGGGUUUCAUUCUGUUUUGUGGAGAGAUUAUGGCUUUGCAAGGCAAGCGAAAUGGAACGGGUUAGGCCUUAUAAAGUAGGGGACAAAGUAAGGAUCAGAGAUGGACUGGUAUCGCCGCGGUGGGGAUGGGGGAUGGAGACACAUGCCAGCAGGGGACAGGUUGUAGGAGUAGAUGCAAAUGGUAAACUAAGAAUAAGGUUCCGUUGGAGGGAAGGUAGGCCUUGGAUAGGAGACCCUGCUGAUAUUGCCCUUGAUGAGAACUGAUGUAAAAUUUUAUAGGAGUAUGGAAGCUUGUAUCAUCAUAACUUGAUUUUCUCAUUCAUAUCUUUGGUCUAUUGCUUUUCUGGAUCUGAUCUUGUGCAACAAAUCGAAAGCUUUAUGUGACCCGCUACCUGUUGUGCUCUGAACUCCUAUCUAGGUUGGAAUGCAGUUUGGCCAGAUUUAUUUAUGUUAGUUAAUGAACAGAGUUGGAGGAUUGACAGAGAUAUAGAGAUUAUGGCGAACUAUUGGCGAUUGGCCCAUUUAUAUUCAUUACUUAUAUACAUAAGUUUUUAGUUCCAGAUUUUGAGGUGUAUAUUUAUAUGUUUAUUAUUUAAUACUGUAUUGUUGUACAAACUGUACUCAGCGGCCAACUUGAUUGCAUUUUUUUUACCCGCUCAUUGUGCAGUCAUGCAUAAUUCAUGAAUUGAAUUGAUUCAAUAUACAGCAUUUGCAUUUUCCUUC